UUAGGGUUUUUGUGUUCGCCUAAAUGGUAUAUAAAUAUCCUUCGUCUUCGGAUCUUCAGUCUCAUCAUAUCAAGCAGAAACGUCAAGCAGCCGUCAUUUUCCUCAACCCAAAUCAAAGUUUUUUUUCUCUCAUUUUCUCAAGAUCGUCGCCAUGGAUUUCGACAGUCUUCCGAGAAGAGAUCUACAGUUCUUCUGUAAAAGGAACAAAAUCCCAGCCAAUAUGACCAAUGUCGCCAUGGCCGAUGCUCUCAAAUCUCUUGAGAUUGUUGAAGGUAUUGAUGACUUCAUGAAUCAGUCUCCAACCAGCGUAGCUCGAACUGCUGCUAGAACUACUCGGAAAAAGGCCACCAAAGAUGAUACUCAGUCAUCAGAUUUGGUCACCCGUUCUUGUUAUGUGGGUAAGUCCCUCGCUGGAGAAAUGGAGCAAGAGAACAGAGACACGAAUAUGCUCCUACAUCCAUCAGUACCUCAAGGCCGUAGAAGAGCAGCAGCGACCUCGGUUGCUGUAAAGUUAGACGUCACCGAUGCCAUCCCUGAGGUCAACGUGAGCAAAACUCCAGCGGCGAGAAGCACGAGAAGGGCUCAGGCAGCUGCAUCUUGUAAGAAGGAUGAGUCGGUUCAGAGGGUGUACAGCACCAGAAGGUCUGUCAGAUUGCUUGAAGAAUCUAUGGCUGACCUGAGUUUGAAAUCCGUAAAUGUACCUGCAAAGAAGCACGAAGAUGCUGAAAGAGAAGAUUCUCCAGCAGGUUCCAAAUUCCAGGCAAAAUCAGAUGAAAACUCAGAGAAAGUAAAGGUGGCUGAAGAAAUUGUGUCAGUGAGAGAUUUGAAUGAUUCAAUGGAGAAGGAAUGGGAUGGUUCAAAGAAUGAUUCAGAUCUUGACAUAUUAUAUGGUGAUCUUGGUGAUAUCACUUUCUUUGAUGCGUCCACUAGUAAGGAACAGAUGAAUGGAACAGGUUCCAACACGGUUUCAGCUUCAGACAGUUUUGUUCUAGUCCAAGAACAAGAAACAUCGCAGGAGGAUGACUUUGUUGUCGUAGACCAUGCUGCUUCUACUACCACCGCAAACACUCUGGCCUGCAACAAAGAUUCAGAGUCUCAACAAAUGAAGAUUGAUUCUGAGUCUGAGUCUGAUUCAGAUGAAACAGAAUAUGAAGCUGAUCCGGAGGAGGAUGAUGCUGAUGCUGUUGCUGUUGACACAAACCAAGAGGCAUUCGAGUCUAAAGUCUCUGCUAGUGAUAAUGCUAGUAUGGUAAACUCGGUCACAACAGUUCUGAUAGCUGAUGAAUCAAAAGAAGUCGAUGAGAUAGCUUCUGAGGAGGAACUUGAAGUAGACAGCGAUGAAUGGUCCGAAUAUGAGAUAGACGAGGUCGAGUUGGAAGAAAACAGUUGCGGAUCUGAGGAAUCGAUUGACAUUGAAUCAGAAGAGGCUCCUCUAUCAGAUAAGAAGACUCCAGCUUCUUCUUCUUCUUCGUCGACUCUUGCUGCUGGUAAUGAGACAAAAACUCCGUUGUCUCCACCUGAAGCAGAAUCAAUCGUAGAAAGCAACAAGAAGAACAAGGAGGAUGCUGUGGAGAUGGAUCUUAGCAUCAAUGGAGAGGGAGAAGCAGAGGCCGAGGCUAAGAAGAAGAAUAAGAAAAAGAAUAAGAAAAAGACAAUUGAUGAAGAGAGCUUCAAAGACGUAAGCGUGAGGCAACUAAUAAAGAUGGUCAAAGAACUUGGUAUUAAGAGUCAGCAACAACAACACAAGGGCGCUGAGUAAAGAAGACAAAAAACUAUUUUCGCCUCUUUUUGAAAUCAUUUCCUUUCUCUCUUGGAAAGAUAUUUUGAUGUUUCUUUUGUUUCCUUCUGCUGUGUUUUUCUUCCUUUUAAGAAAAAUCCAAACAUCUUUUCUAAAGAAUUCUAUUACUUUUAAUCUCAUUCGUAAUUUCUUUA